AGCAUCUACUCUCAACUUGGUCGGUGUGCGCAGACAAACCCCUACUGCACGCAUCGGACCAGCGCCCGAAGCCUCACGGGCCUUCCACGCCUUCCCAGAGAUGGCUCUUCUACGCUCUAUACCGCUUAAGCUGAUGAUCGCCUUCAUUCUCAGCCAGCUUCACAUUGCCGCUUCAUUACGUUCUGAGCCUAGAGAUGAUCUACCUGAGCCGAAGGAGGACUUUUGCAGGACGAUUCAGAGUGAAGAGUCGGUGUCAACUCCUGUGGGGGAAGAUGGCAACGACGGAAUGUUCCAGGACGCCCGGCUGAUCGGAUCCUUCGUGCUGGGCAUCGCCUUCAUGCACGCCAUGGAGGUGCUGAAACCUGGUCAAGGAGGUGCAGCGCGAAAGUUUGAGCUCUACCCCUAUGUGCUGUGAAACACACAGAGGGGAAGUGUUGCAUGAAAAGCAUUGCCACCUUCCAGCAUCAUUCCUGGAUUGAAUGUGGCUGUAGAUUGAGGAUAUUCUCAAAAACUUGCGGUGCGGCUGCACGGAAAGACUUGACCCUCUGCUGCUGCAGCACAAGUUUUGGCAGUCUUCGCGGAAUUGCGACCAGGCUGUUUUUCCUGGCUCGGACUGAAGGGUCGUUCUGAGCUAUCCAUCACAAAA